AUGGAGGCGCACGCCGAGAGCGACGCCAAAGAGCUGCACCAGGCCCUCCGCACCGCCGAAUGCGAGCUGGAACUCGAGCGCAGCCAGCGCAUCGUCGAGUCGGUCAACCGUGACGAGGAGAUCCGCAAGCUGCGCUUCCAGGUCCUGCUGCUGGAGGACGAGAAUGACGACCUGCAAGACCAGCUGCAGGAGGAGGACCAGCGCUGCGGCAAGCUGGAGACCGCUCUGGACGACGCCCUUGCCCGCCUGCGCGAGAGGGACGCCGACCUCCAGCGCGUGUCCAACGAGCUGCGCAUGAAGAUGCGCGAGGCCGAGAACAUGAAGACCGAACUCGCUUCCAUGGAGACCAUUUCUACCGACUCCAACAAACUCCUGACCGAGAAGCUGGCCCUGUCCCGCGAACUCUCCACCUUGAAGCCCGAGCUGGAACACCUGCGGUCGCAGGUCGCCGCGCAGGACGGCCUCAUCUCUGAGAAGCUGUCUCUGCAGCGCCAGCUGAACACCGUCGAGGUCGAGCUCGAAAACGAGAAGCGCGCCACCCAGCGCGCCCUCGCCCGCUCCGAGAAGCAGAGCGAACGCGACGCCGAGCACCAGAACCAGAUCAACGACCUCGAGAAGCAGCUGGCCGCCGAGAAGCGCGACCGCGAGAAGGCUGAGCGGGACGCCCAGAAGCUGCAGCGCGAGCUCGACUCCGAGAAGAAGGCGGCCGAGCGUGCCCAGACCAAGGAGCAGCAAAAGGCAGAGCGGGAGGCGAAGGACAGUGCAAAGGCCGACGAGCUCAAGGAGGAGCUGGCACAGAGCCAGCGUGAGGUGGAGGAGCUCCGAAAAGAAAUGGCAAAGGAGAAACGCGAGCGCGAGAAGGCCGAAAAGGCCAUCAACAAGACCCAGAUGGACAACGAAGCCCAGCUCUCACUCGCCACCGAGCGCGCCGAAGCGUACAAGGCCAAGCUCAAGACCACUAAGGAGAAGCUAAAAGAGGCCCAGGCCGAGCUACAAAUGGCCCAAGCCGCUGCCACCGCGAGACCCCCCGUCGAGGAAGUACCCAAGCCCUCCAAGAACCUUCGGAAGCGUGUCGCGCAGAUGGAUCUUGAUGCCACGACGCUGGGCACUCCGGGAGACGGGCCAGCCGCGAAGAGAUCGCGCAGUGCGGCUCCGGGCGACAAGUCCACCUUCUCCAUUACGCCCUUUCUCAAUCGUACAGCCAGCGUCGCCCCAUCCAGCCCGAUUCCGGAGGAGGAGUCCGAGCACGAAGGGGACAAGACCGAGGAAGUCGUCGCUGCUCAGGCGACACCCACCUCGAAAUCCAAGAACGACAAAAAGACCAGCGCUGCCAAGUCUAAGCCUCUGGCACCCGUAUCUACGAACAAGUCGUCGAACAGCAAAGCGUCGAAGCGUCAAAAAGCCGCUGUGCCAUCGUUGGAGAAGGUUGCUGAGGAGGCCAACGACGAGGACGAUGAAGAGCAGGAGAGCACGCCGCCGCGACCUCGACCUGCUAAGCAAAAGGAGAAUGAGAAACCCGCUGCCUCCAAGGCGAAAAAGUCCACGACUGGCGCGACGAUGCUGAAGCCAAAGGCCAAAUCGGCCGCGAAUCAACCCCGAAAGUCGCUCGCCUCGUUCCCUGCCUUCAACGAUGAUGAUGAUGGCGAGCCGGCCAAGAAAAAGAAGCGCAAGCUCGGUGGUGGCGAGAACAGCGUCCUUGGCAAGCCGACCCUCUUCGACAUGGAGGAUGAGGACCCUCGUCCUGCCAAGCCCAUCCCUGGACGUGGAAUUUUCGCGGCGAGGGCUUUGAACAAGACCAUGGGCCUCAAGGGCAAGAGUGCAGCACUGGGAGGCACGCUAACGACUGCGGAUGGCUUUACGUUCAGUCCGUUGAAGAAAGAUAAAAGGGCCAUGAGAGAGGCGUCUUACAUGGCCUAA